AUGUCAAAGUGGAUUUGCUUAUCGGAAGUCAUCUACACUACAAUUCCUAUACAUGUGUGUAAUUUUACUAAAACUAAGAAAUGUUAUAGACCUACUAUAAAACAAUUGAUAAGUUUAAACUACUUUUGGUUAUAGAAACUAUUGUAAAAAUGGAUGAGCAUUUUCUUGUUUCUACUGAGCAAAAUAUUCAAGCAUAAAAUUAAAUAAUAAAUAUCAUAAAACAUGUAAACAAUUUGUUUUCUUCCGCGCCGCAUUGAAUUGACAGAUAUAAUUUUGAAAAUUUUGUUGUUAGUAUAGCAGAUUGAUUAAUAGAUCAUCAGCUGAGUCACAUCAACAAACAUCUUUUGACUUUUGUAACAAAUUUUAUCAUUCUUUAAGUAGCAAAAAGUAUAGACAAUAAAAAAAAUUGUUUGGUAUAUAAAGUUACAAAGUAUAUAAAUAUAAAUAACAUGACAACUAACUAAAUCUAUAUUUUGUGGCUUUAUUUAAUAAAAACAAUGGGUAGUUUUAGUAUAGUAGUAGUAGUAGUAUAAAAAUAAAGUAUAGUUAAUGCUAGUAAUGACUGAGUAAUGACAAUGAUUUUGUUAUAUUGCGAUUCAGUAUACCAAACUCAUAGUCCAUUAAAACCAUUGCCCAUAUAUCAUAUCUAAAUAAUACAAAUACAAACAUUUUAUAAUAAAAUUUUGAGCCCAAAAACAAUAACAAAAUAUGGGUCACGAAAUGUAGAGCUAAACUCCAUUUACCUCCGUAGUCCAUAGUAGAAGCAGUAGUAGUAGUGUAGUAGUAGUAGUAGUAGUAGUAGUAGAAAGGUGUUAAGUUUUUGGCUUUUGGUGUCCUACUAAAAAAUGCAUAACUUUUGAACCAAUUGUUUGUAAUUGAGCUAGAAAGUUGAUCUUGGUGUUUAUCAUGUAAACCAUUCCACUAAGCUCAAUACAGCUGUAGUAAUUUAAUAUUAAAAAAAAUGUUUUGAAAUUUUAAUCAGAGGAGCUAUCCAUAAAUGAUGUCACUCAAAUUUUGCCGAUUUUUUACCACUACCCAAUAGUCACAAAUCGUGACAAAAAGUUAGGCCCCCCCCUCCUCAAAUAUAACAUCGCAAAUCUCUGCACCCCCCCAACCCCCCGCCCUUAUAAAAAGUCUCUGUGUCCACUACUGUCCUUUAAAAACCCUUUAGAAAUUCGCCUCCCAUGUAUAUCAAAUUACUACACCCGUGUCAGAAACAUUUCACUAGAUCAGUGGUUCUUAACCAGGGGAACAAGUACCUCCCCAGCCUUGAGGUGUGGAAGACCAAAAAAUUGUAUUCAUUGGCGUACUAGGGGGGUGCUGACUGCACUGGCCGAAACCAUAUUGGGGGGUGACACCAAAUUGAAAGAUAGCGUAAUUACAGAGCACACACUGAUCGGUCUAACCGGAAUUCAUUAAAGGAUAGCAUGUACAUUUUCCACCCAUGUAACCAAUCAAAAUGCGUGUUUCGUUAAUAUUAAAAUUUCAAGGUUUGACGCGUCAGCAAUUAGGUUACCUUAUUAUUGGGUCAUAAACACACCGUUUUGACCAUGUUUCAUCACCGAAUGAAGUGUUUGGUAACAUUUGUAAAUGGCAGGAAGCUAUUUUUAUCUAAAUUCUGAGAAAUACAACUAUCCUUUGAUAACAAUGGGCGAUUCUAAGAACAUUGCAGUUCUUAAAUACAUUUACCCCCUGACUUUCAAUUAAUUUGUUUUUGUUCUUGUAUUUCUAAUGCUGUGGACUAAGUUUAACAAGAAGAAAUACAUCGUUAAAAAAAAAAAAGGGUGGGGGGACGACACCACGAGCUUACCGGACCGGGUGACAUCAACCCUAGCUACGCCACUGAUUCUAUUUGCUGCAAUUGCUAGUUGUUGCUGCUUUAAAAAAAAAAGAAAGUGUUUAUGGAUUUUGAUUAGCAGCAGUCGAUGGUGAAUUUCAUUAGCGCAUUGUGUGAAUUGGUAACUUUUUCCUCUGUUUAUAAAAAGUUAAUUCAAAAAAUAAAACUACGAUAACUAAAUUAUUUAAUUAUUUUAAAUUUGAUUACAAUGUAAUUUAUACGGUUGGGGAAUGAUGUUUAAAACGAAGUGGGCCUGCAGCGCUGCAAAAAAGGUUAAGAAUCCCUGCCCUAGAGCAUUUACUAAGAUACCCCCGCUCACCCCGCAGUCAACCUUUUUCUCCCGCUCCAUACCACUUCCCGUGUUCAGAUUUAGCCAUAAAUUCUCACGACUAUCAUUGUAACUACAUUCCGAUUCUCCUACUACUGGGCAUCCUGUAACUUGAUCAGAGGCCAUUCUUCGGACCUCGCAUUCCUACCUGAUUCUCUCAGUGAUAGUAGUUUUAAAAUAAAAUAAGUAUAAUUGUUUUGUUUUUUUAAUAAUGUUAAAAAUGUCUGUAAUUUAGUGUUAUUAAGUGAAAUUCUUUACUACAACAUUCUGCUUUUCAUCUGACUUCCCUACUCCACCCCUCACCCCCCUGGACGCGUGACGUCAUUUAUGGAUGGCCCAGAGUGCUUAUCAUUAUUAUAUUUUCUAUAGUUCACCUCCGAGAAAUGGCUACUGAAGACCUUCCUAGUGAAUUUGACAUUGUGAUUCUAGGAACAGGUAUUUGAUCACAUAUAUUAUUUUAAUAUAAUAGAGAUUCAUUAAAUUGAUGGUAACACAAAAGAUCAAAUAGUCAACAGUAGAGUAAUAAUUGAGUAUCCCAUGGGCUAAUGAAAGGAUGUGUAAUGAAAAAAGGGUAAAUUGGUAAAUGAUGUAUUUAAAUUGUAUGAUGUAUUUAAGUUGUAUUGUUUAUUUUUUGUUGUUGGUUUGUAUUACACAAUAAUAAAGUUAAACUAAUAUUUUUACAAAUUUACAAAAUUAACAUGCUUAAAUUAAUUUGAACUUAAAUCAGUAACAGUAUGGCAGCAAAUCCUCUACCCCUUAUCAUUAUCAGUGUUGUCAUUAUACCAGUAGAAUCAUAACAAGAUUUUAUGAGCACUCUUACCAUGGAAGUCUUAAAAAGCAUCACAAAACUUACAUUUUAUUAGCUCAGUUUUUAAUAAUGAAUGGAUUUCUAUUUCAAUGACUAUUUCAGGAUUAAUAGAAACUAUAACAGCUGCUGCUUUCUCUCGUAUUGGCCUCAAGAUUUUGCAUCUAGAUAGGUAAUUGCUAUAUCCAUGUGUUUUGUAUGGGAUCAGGAACAAGGUGCUUUAAAUUAGUAGCACACUAGAUUGUACACUAUUGUUUUUGCAUACAACAGUUUGAAAAAAAUGUAAAUAAAUUAAAUAUUUAUUAGCUUAUUAAAAAAAUAUAUAAACAAUGGAAUAAAAAAAACCGGGGGGGGGGGGGGGGCCUCUAAAAUUUAAAAAAAAAACAACAUCAUAAAGAAGCCAUCUUUAAAAUAAAGUUUACCCCCUGAAAAUAUUUAUACUUACUUUACUUAGUUUCUAAGUAAACUCUAAAACAUGUUUCAGCAGUUGGAGAGAAUACUUUAUUUUCUUAAAUAAUUCUAUAUUAUAACAAAAAUUAUUCUUGCCCAUUAUUGUCUCUAGUAGUUAUUUAUAGACUCUAUUUAGAUCUUGUUUCGUUUUUUGAAGGCUAUAAUUUAAGAGUUAUUUAUAAUUUGUACAAAAUAAUAUUUAAAUCUAGGAAUGACUAUUAUGGUGGUGCAUAUAGCAACUUCAACUUAGAUGGAAUAGAAAGCUGGAAACAGAAAAAUCAAGUAAGUUCAUAUCUGUAUUAAAAUUUUGUUGUUGAACAAAUGUGCAUUAUUAGUUAAAAUAACAGGUGCAGUUAUAUCCUUCAAGUACUGUCAUUUGAAUAAUUUACCGUAAACUUCAUAAUCAUAUUGCCUGUUUUUUUUUUGUAAGGGCAAGUUAAAUUUUUAUUUAUACUAGAAAAUAACACCCGAUAUCAUCAAGAUAAUAAUAACAGGCACUUUGUGAAAAUAUCAACCUGCUGUUGCGAAAACUCAUCACAAUUCCGUAUUUUUUAAAAUGUAUCUAUGUAAUGAUGUUUACUUUUCUACAUCAUUAAAAUUUUUGAGAAGUAUUUAUCUGCUAUAUAUUAUACGCUUACCCUACCCAAUUUCGGGCCACUAAACUACAAUUAUUUUUUCUAGAAACAUGACCUUAAAUUACCAAAUUUAAAUGAUCACUUAUUAAAUCAUUAUUGUCAGUAAAGGAGUUCAUUGACGGCUGAUUUCUACGCAAGAGAAAUACUUUAGAUAUUUUUAAAUUAGUGUUUUUAAAUUGUUUAUUGGUGGUCAUAUACUACCUCUUUUCGUGCCCCAAAACUAAAAGUAAAUUUCUCUAAAAAUUGUGAAAACUUAAUCUUAAAUUUACAACAAAACUCUAUAUUCCAUUUUAAAUAAAUUUUAUAUUAACAGAAUUUGAUCUACUGAUAUCAUCAUUAAAAAUUUAACAAAACUGUUGCCUUUGUUUUCUACUAUAUUAUCGGAAAAUCGUAAAACAAAUAAUUCUUGUUUCUAAAGAAGACUUUCUUAACCAUUUUUCAUGCCGGUAACAGCCUUGAGUGACUUUUUUUUAAUAUAAAUGUUAUUAAUCUCAUAAAAAUAUACACCCACUUUACUGUUCGCAAAGUAAAAACAAAAAAUAUUUUCAUUUUUGAAAGAAAAUCUUAACCUCUCUCUAUUUGAAAAUUAAAUUUUCACGUGUGUAAAAUGAUUGGGUUUUGAUAUUCAUGGGUGCACUUAUAUUAAUGUACCUAUGUUUUGUUAACAUCAUUGAUUUCUUAAUUGGUAAACAUAUGUUUAUUUGUAAAAUGAGAAUAUAGAAUCUAUUUUUCACAACUGUAAUAUCAUUGGAUUUAAAGAUAUAGUCAUCCAAGUAAGAACGAACACACCCUAUUUCCCACCUCCGAUAUAUAUGUACCUAAGAAGGUUAAUUAUUUAUCAAAUUCAUUCUGAGGCAUAUCUUGUGCUGCCUGGGGCAAAAUGAAAGUAUUGUAUUACUCUCCCCCCUCCCCAGUUUUUAAAACAAUAAUAAAAUCAUCCAUGGGAUUGUAUCCCCCUUACCUAAACAAAAACACAUUUUUUUAAUUUCAUGUGCUUUGUUCUUAUUUGGAUGAGUGAUAAGUGCAUUAGUGAAUGCUAUUUGGCUAUGGAGUUUUGCUGCACUGAUUGACUUAAACGGCAUUUUCUUAUUAAAAGUAUAUUGAAAGGUUAAGUUUUUAUUACUUUAUAAAAAUAAUAAAAGUAUGUUUUUGGAAUGAAUAAAAUUAAAAAAAAUUAUUAAAUGUUAAAAAUACCAAAUGAAAUUUGUGUGUGUGUUUUAUUAGCAAUUUAAAAAGCAAUCAAUUAUAUUUAUUAAUUUUACUUUUAAGAAGGGGAAAAUACAUUAUCAGUUCUGUUACGCAUAGAGCUUUGGCUAAAAUAAGCAAUCCCACUAUGAAAUCAUUUGGUAUUUAUUUAUAACAAAUUAAUUUUAUUUUUAUUUGAAAUAUUAACAACGCAUUAAAAAUAUACAGAUCUUUGGGUUUUCCCGAUAAAUGUGAUUACGAUGUAGGUAAUUCUUAGAUCAUAAUUUUUUUCAUUAAAUUUUUUUCAUAACUUUUAAAUUCGGAUAAAAUGGUUAAAAUAGUUCCUUGGUUGUACUUUAAAUAUGUGUUUAAUCUAUAAUAAUAAUAAUACUUAAACUUUUACUAAAAUAAAGCGGAUGUAUAAUAUUUUUUGGGCAUUGAAAUUUAUUAGAUUUCUGUAAAAUAAUAGAAAAUAACUAUGAUUGUUUUUAAGAAUCCAAACGUAUUUAAUUCUUUUGGUUUCUUUGGCGUUACGGUUGGCCUAAAUCAUUCUUAUAUAUAUUCUAUUACAUCUGUUCUUUUGUAGGACUUACAGUGUGUCCCUGAUGAAGAAAGCUUUGCUGUAUCUGAUGAUGUCAAGAAACUCUUACAAGAUCAGGAAACCAUUAUUCCCAUGUCCAAAGAACGUUCCUCUGCUUUUAAUAUCACAUCCCAGUUUCAUGCUAGGUUGGUGCGCGGAGAGCAAUCUUUUGUUUGGAAAGUAGCAAAGAGCCUUGGUUGGAUUUAAUUUUUUUUUUGUUUUUGCUUGAACCUUUUUUAUGGAUAUAAAAUAAAUAAUUAGGUUAAAAUUUUUUUUAAAGUAUUUUCAUGCUUGUCAUAUUUAUCUUAGAUUAGGUAUAACACAUCGAGUAUGUUAUUUUCUUAUGAAGUGGAAUGGUCAUUACUAAUAAAUUGGACAUUAUCUUUUGUUUGCAACCAACUCUAUUUGUACUUUAAUUUAGAUAUCUAUUCUUAAACUGUUGUAAUCUAGGCAAAGAACAACCAUAGAGGAAGCAGAGGCCAAGAAGACAAAGUGCAACUUGUUUACGUUCCUAAAGACAGAAGCCUCUAACACAACUGCAUCACCCAGUGCCACAGCCAAUCCAGGUUAGUGUAAGUUCUAACAAUAAUAUUUUUUAAAAUUCUAGUACUUUUAGCUUCUCCUGGUGUUACAAAUAAACAUAUUUAAUUUUUUUUUAUAAGGCUUGUCCUAGCCUCAGCUUCUUCUGCACUUAGUAGAUUUGGGGAACAAUUGAAUUCCACUUACCAUUGUCAGCCUCUUCUUGUGGCCAUUUUCCAGGGUUGGGCCAAAUAUUUUCAGGUUCUUUUGGAAGUCUACCUUCAUUUCUAUUAUAUGGCGUUCUCGGUUCCUCUUUCACUUGGCUGGCAUCUAGUUUAAAGUAGUUCUAGCAUUUUGUUACUGUGGCAGGACCGAUGGAUGUGUCAUGCAGUGAACAUUUGGUGAACAGCAACUGUCAUUUCAAGGCCCUUGUGUUCUGCCGCUACUUCUGGUCUUCUUUGUUGCAAAAAAGAAAAAACACCCAAAAACUCUUUCACAAAUAGUGCAUUACAAAAAAAAAUGAGUUGUCAAAAUUUCAGAUGGACAAGGUGAUGGGGAUCCUCAAGAUUCAGACGCCAAACAGCAGAGCACAUCUGGUAGUGAAACUCAGGAACAAACAGUUCAUGUUAAACAGGAUUCUGAUGUGAACAGCUGUACAGAGCAACUACAGAGCAGUCUCGUUUUGACAGAUGCACCUCAAACAGCAUCUCAGGAUGUGGGGGAGAAAGAGAACACUUCUGGUGGUGGUGAGAGGGAAAGGGAAGAGAGGGAUGAUAUCCACAAAAGGAAGGCUGAAUCAUCCGAAGAAGAAAAUAAUGAACAAAAACAAGCCCAACAAAGUUUGGAGCGUGAAAAGAUUAUCCAAGUCAAAGAAUGGACUGUUGGUGACAUUAAAGAUGAUUGGAGGAAAUACUGCAUUGAUAUUUCACCAAAAGUAAGGCCUUUUACAAAAUUAAAAAAAAAAUAUUUUGUUUGAUCAUAAUUCAUAAUUUUGGAAUGUAGACUUGUGAAAAAAAAAAAAACGUUACUGUAGACUCACUACAAUAUUGCCUCUUCAUUCUAACAGUGUUAUAGUAAUAAGAAAAUAAAAGAUCUGAACAUUUUUAUUUAUAUCUUAUGAAUACCAAACGUCUUAAUCCUAUCGAUCAGUUCACAACCUGUUGCUACAAUGGGCUUACAAAGUCAUUAUAUUAAAAGGGAAAGUGUUGGGCCCACAAAAUUUCUGUCUUAAUCAAUAUUUUCUCGCAGGAAAAUACUAUUAAUUAACCAGUGGUUUAAUUCUUUAAAAAUAAAAACAUGGUCAAUUUUCCGUUUCAGUUCCUGUACUGCAGCGGUGACUUGGUAGAACUUCUCAUACAGUCUGAUGUUGCGCGUUACUGUGAAUUCAGAACUGUUAGCCGUGUUCUCACCUUUCUCCAGGGAAAGUUACAACAGGUAAAAAAUUUUAUUCUUACUUAUUUUGGUCUAUCAAUAUGAGAUUCUAGUUACUAAAUGCUCCAAUAAUCUCUUAUAAAAUUUGUAAGGAAAAAUCAAGUCAUAAGUAUGAAAGAUGACAACAAGAGAUUUGACAUAGAUGAAUAAACAUUUAAUUGUUGUGUCUUUUUUUCAAGCCUAAAUAUAUCUUGUUUCUGUAUUCAUUUGAAACAUAUGACUUUCCUUAAUAAGCCUUGGGAAUAAGGAUCCAAGAAAGUUAUGAAAAAAACAACAAAAGGAAGUACUAAUAUAAUAUCAACUACCUUUAUAAAUAGCCAACAAACUUCUUUAGUCUUAUGCUAAUGCUCCCAAAGAAAUCAUUUUUUUUUUCAAUUAAAAAAAUAGGGAAGAGUGGGCAGUCAAAUUAUUUAUUAACACCAUUUAAAUGUUUGUUUACAUAAUUAGGAGGAGAACAUUUUUAUUGAUCUCCCUACAACUAUAAUUUGUUGUAAAGUUUCCUUCCUUACAGGAUGUUAAUGUUGUUUGUCUUAAAAUUUGUGCAGGUGCCAUGCUCUCGAGCAGAUGUUUUUAGCAGUAAAAUUGUCUCCCUUGUUGAGAAACGCCUCAUGAUGAAGUUCCUACAGUUUGCUGCUGAUUACGAGUCAAGUCCCCAAGAGUACAAAGGUCAGGCUUGCAUUCAUGGUGAAAUUACUGCCAUAGCUUUAGACUCAAUAUCAUGCGCCCUUACCUACUGUUUUUGAUUUGUUAACUAAAUUAAAUUAUAAAAAUGCAGUACAUUUUGAAUGUCUUUAAAAUUUUAAACUUUACUCUAGAUUACGAGGACCAGCCGUUCAAAGAUUUUCUCAUUUUAAAAAAACUGACCCCAAAUGUGCAACACUUUGUACAGCAUGCCAUUGCCAUGGUAACAGAUAAAGAACUCACUAAUGUGGUAUGUUUAGAAAAAAUAUUUUCAACAAAACUUGCAGUUAGCUUAACAUCGACAUUUGAAGUGGUCAUCAAAAUGGACUUCCAGUCACAUUAACAUGUCAAAACUAAAUUAAAUACAUUUUUUUUCUUUAAAACACAUAAAUUCAAUAAUUUUAUAUCUGUGGGUUGUUUAUUUUUGGUGCAUCUAUUUUCAAAGGCCUUAAAGAAAACAAAGAAGUACCUGCACUCGUUAGGACGCUAUGGCAACACAGCCUUCCUGUUUCCCAUCUAUGGCACCGGGGAGCUGCCACAAGCCUUCUCAAGGUUUUCUCCUUGCUUUCUGCUACUUUAAAUGUUUAAAAAAUUAAACAUAACUUCAAAAUGUAUAGAAAAUAGUAAUGUGUACAUCUAUCGCUAAUCAACUAGCAAAUAAAUACCAAAAAAAACCCCACCCUUUCUGUAGGCUCAACCAUUUACAAAAUUUGAAGAGGUAUCGAUGCUAAGUGUAUGGCUUGUUAAAACAAGCAGCUAAAUAUCAUUGUAUAGACAUUUAGAUAUUUAAACAGUGUACGAAAAUGUCUGCAGAUUGUCUGCUGUGUUUGGUGGGAUAUAUUGCCUGACAGCAUCAGCCACUCACAUCAUUGCUGACUCAAGUAAUAAGUAAGUGGAAACCUGCUUGGGAAAGACAUAGCCAUCCAGUAUAUUCUAAGCUUGGUCCUAAGGAAAAAACAUUUCUGAACUGAAUUGACAAGUUUAAAAAAAAAAAAAAAAAAAAAAAAAAAAAAAAAAAAAAAAAAAAAAAAAAAAAAAAAAAAAAAAAAAAAAAAAAAAAAAAAAAAAAAAAAAAACAUAAAGAAAAAAAAAUUAUUAAAAGAAAUUAAAAAAUUAAAAAAAAAAAAAAAAAAAAAAAAAAAAAAAAAAAAGAUAAUGAUUGGUUUUUAAAAAGAUUGAAUAGUCAAUCCAGACAUGGGAAAUAUCAAACUGUUAUCUCAUUGUCAAGACACAUGUGUAAAACAUUGUCAUUGCAUGCGUUGUUGCUUUUCAUUAAUAAAUUCAAUUGCAUUUUCUGUCAGAUGCUGUGGUAUUGUUACAACAAACGGUCAAAGAAUCAGCUGCAGGUAAUGAGAAAACUCACAACUGACUCAUACUUUUAAUGUGCUGCCCUCACAAACAGAGGCGCAGGGGCAUGUUAUGUGUUAAAUAAAAUGCUUUAUUUUAUAAAUAAAAAGUGAUUUGAAAAGUGGUUUAACGAUGAGUCCUUAAGCUUAGUAUCUUUUUCUUCUUUAGUUUUCAUGUGAGAUGUUGACUGAUUCAUUUUUUUUGCAGAUAUGUUGUUGCUGAGGAGUCAUAUCUUCCAUCAUCGUAUGUACAAAAAAAUAGUGCCAGGUAUGUAUUAUUUAUUAGACAAGUUAACAGACAUGCUAAAAUAGUCUUUUACAAAACUAAUAUUUUGUUGUAUAGUUAAAAGGCUUUGUUCAGACCAAAAAAAAAAUUGAUGUCUUCUUUAUGAAAAUAAAGACAAUUUUAGAAAGUAAUCUGUCCAUACUUUAUUAGUCUCUUGGUGACCACUGAUGUAUGAUUUUGUUUCAGGAAAAUAUCCAGGGCUAUUUUUAUUACAGACUCUUCCAUUCUGUCAUCUGAAAAUUCAGAGGUUAGUAAUAUUUGCUAUUUAGAGGAGUCUAAAACUGUUCAUGAAAACCUCUUACUAAAUUAUUGACUGUUUAGGAUUUCAAUUUAGAAAAUCUAUAUUUUAAUUUUAAAUUUUUGUUCUAUUAAAAAAUGUUUUUAAAAAAAAAAUGUUUUUUUUGUGGUGUUAAUUAGACUACAGGUGCAUAGUUUCCAUUGAAAAAACUUAACAGUUACAGGCAAUAUGAUUGAUUUUGAGAAGAAUAAAUAGCAAUUGAAUUUAAAAUGCACAGUUAUCUAUAAAUAUUUUAAUGCAGGAAGGUGUACUAACAGAUUAUAAUUGUUAUCCAUUCUAUUAAAACGAAAAUAAAAGCAACGUGUGCAAGGACUUUAAAAAGACAAUGUAGAUUUCAAGCAUAUUUUUCGAUGUCAGCUAUUCAUGAUGGCCGAAGUUUGAUGAAGACCUUCUUUUUUCAGCUUUCCCUCCUCCAUUAUGUUUCUCAAGAUGAUAGAAAUCGACCUGUGACAGUAAUGGAGCUUCCAAAUUCAGCCUGCGUCUGCCCCAAAGAUGUUUGUAAGCAAUUAUUUUAUAAUAAUGCUUAUUUUCAUAUUGAAUUUUUUUCUUUCUUUUAAUGAAGUUUAUUAAGGUUAAUGUUUUUUAGCUUAGCAGGAUGGUGCACAGCAAACCCUUUUAGUAGUAAGAUGUGCACAGCAAACCCUUUUAGUAGUAAGAUGUGCACAGCAAACCCUUUCAGUAGUAAGAUGUGCACAGCAAACCCUUUUAGUAGUAAGAUGUGCACAGCAAACCCUUUAAGUAGUAGGAUGGUGCACGCCAAACCGUUUUAAUAGCAGGAUGGUGCACAGCAAACCCUUUUAGUAGUAAGAUGUGCACAGCAAACCCUUUUAGUAGUAGGAUGGUGCACACAAAACAUUUUUAAUAGCAGGAUGGUGCACAGCAAACCCUUUUUAUAGUAGGAUGGUGCACAGCAAACAAUUUUCGCAGGAGGAUGUGCACACCAACCCUUUUAGUUUUAGGAUGGUGCACACCAAACCCUUUUAGUUUUAGGAUGGUGCACAGAAAACCCUUUAAGUAGUAGGAUGGUUCACAGCAAACUCUUUUAGUUUUUUGGGAUCUAGUAAUCUUUUAACUAAAAUUUUUAUAACAUUUUUACUCAAAUAUUUAUGCUCUGGGGAAGUGUUCACAAUUUUUUUGUAAGGUUGUAAUAAAAAAAAUGGUUUUGGAUCACCCCUUCUGAAAGCGCAAUAAGUUCAUGAAUUAAAAAAUGUAUAUUUGUUAAUUCAUUCACUUCAUUUAGUUCUUUUGAUUCAUAUGUUUAAAUUUCAUCAUAACAUACACAUGAGUUGAAAUAAACAUUUUUACUAAUUUUAGAUUAAUUGAGCUGACCUAAUAGACUAUUUAAUGAUCUGGUUGUAUUUGCAUGUGUUUGAAUUUAUAUAUUGGUUCAUAUCUUGAGUUUGUCCCUUUCAGUUGUUGUACAUCUAACCAGGGAAAGUGGAUGCGAUGAUCCUGUUGAAGACCUGAAAGAAGUCAGGGACAAACUUUUCACAACCGAAAAUAAAGGUACUGUUUGAAAUUCUUCGUAUUUAUAUCUCGCUCUGGCUUCCUUUUUCUGACUGGGUGGUCAUGAUUUUAAGUUUCUGAAAACUAUUGGAAAUGAAACUCCUGACGCUAGAAAGAUUACACGCCAAACAGAAUACUCAAGUGUUUACGUUUAUUUUAAAUCAUUUUGAUUGCAGAUAAAGCUGAAGCCAAGUCCAAGAUUUUAUGAUCCAUGUAUUGUUUAUUUUAAAUCAUUUUGAUUGCAGAUGAAGCUGAAGCCAAGUCCAAGAUUUUAUGGUCCAUGUAUUUCCAACAAAAUGAUGCUAGCACUGUGACCCAAACCGUGAGUGCUCUCCCAAAUGUGCUGGUUGUCCCAGGAGGUGGCAGUGCAGGGAUUGACCUUGAUUUCACAGUGUCAGAGGUCAGAAAAUAAAAAUUGGAUAGAAAUAAUCAAGGAAUUUUUUUCAUAAAGAUAAAGUCAUAAUAUAAUGGAGGAGACUGUUAGCCUGCAUGAGUAUGAAUGGAAUCUCAUUUUGGAAUGCGCUGAUCAGAUCUCUAUAGAUUUAAUGAAUCCUUUUAUACAUACAUGCUUUCUAAAUGACCUUAAAAAAAAAAUCACCACAAAUUAUAAUUCCCUCAGUAUGAAUGCAUGCAUUUUUGUAAUGUUGUGUUCAAUAGGAUAGGCACGCAAAAUAGAAUUCCCAGAAUUAGCAUUAAUUGAGAUUCUUAUAAAGUGCGUUACUUGAACGGAUGUUUUGUCAAAAUAAAUUUUAGCACCAUGAUUUUUAUAUCACUGUGCUACAAACCUACAUAUCUCCCCAGGCCAAAAAAAUAUUCCUCACUGUGUGCCCCGAUGAGGAUUUUCUUCCAAAGCCCCCCAACCCAGAGGACAUCAUCCAUGUGGACGACACAGAGGCAGCCGUCGAAAGAGGACCAUCAGAGUUUCAGGAUAAGGGAGAUGGAGAUGGGAGUGACAAGGGGGAGGGUAACGAGGAGAAAAAUGAGUGUUUAGAUAAUGGAAAAGAUAAUGCGGAAGUGAAAGGAAAUAAAACAGAUGGCAAUAGUACUUGAUAAUCUGAACAUGCAUAUCAUUAUCAGAUCUUGAUGAACUAUUUUUUUCACGAGAUAAUGCUCCUGGAAAAUUAUGCUGUACUUAAUUGAGUAUAUGUGGAUCAUACCAUAAGUCCUGGCAAUUUUUUUUAAAAAAAAGUGACGAAACUAAAGCGUGAUAUUAAUUUAGAUCAUAAAGGUGAUAUCCAGACUGUAGAGGUGAUAUUGAGACUAUAGGGGUGAUAUGGAGUCAGUCUUGAAGUUGAAUUAUCAGUUCAAAGAUUCAUUUAAAUGUACACUUUGGGAGCAUUAUUUCUGUUUGGUCUAUGUAUUUUUAAUGUUUUUCUUUUUUAGAUUUGGGAAGGAGAAACUGAAGAUUAGUUAAUGAAAUGUGUAGGUGAUUGAAAUGAGUUGGCUGCUUCAUGAAGCUGUUUGUGCAUUUAUUUCUUUUUAAAGGCGCAAAGCAAUUUAACACUACCAAUUAGAUAAUGACGUGCUAUUGGCAGGGGUAUAAAUCAUUGUAAAGAGAUUUGGAAUGGUGUAUCUAAUGUUGUCAGGAGAUACUGCCUAAUAAAAUGUACUGAAAGGCCGAGAGUUGUGUCUUUCUAAAAGUAUUUGUGCAAUAGAUUGGAUUUUUAAAAUGUCAUUGUGUGAUGGCCACAGAAAAAAAUUGAAGCAAUGUCCCAUUUUACUGAUGCUUGCCGAAUGAAUGUAUGCAUCAGCCUCUGACAACAUGGCCUUCAUUCUUGGAUAGUUUUGCCGUCAAUUGACAGUUAUUAUAUAAAGAUUUUUUGACACUUUAUAUUAAAAUGUGAUGCUUUAUUUGUUUGAAUGGUGAACUUUGGUUUUGUUUUAUUUGGCUGUAGACAAAUCUCAUUUCUCUAAAGCAAAUCUCAUUUCUCUAAAGCAAAUCUCAUUU